ACAAACGUCGUCUCGUGCGGCAAAAAUCCUAAAAAUCCCGAUUUUCUGACGAUUUGUGGUUCAAAAGUGCCCAAAAAUGGCUGCAGGUCCCAUUGCAGAACGAAAUCAAGAUGCGACAAUUUAUGUCGGCGGUCUCGAUGAUAAAGUCACGGAAACGCUUUUGUGGGAGCUUUUCGUGCAAGCAGGUCCCGUCGUGAACGUUCACAUGCCCAAAGAUCGCGUCACACAAACGCAUCAAGGCUACGGCUUCGUCGAAUUUCUCUCGGAAGAAGAUGCGGACUACGCGAUAAAGAUUAUGAACAUGAUAAAGCUCUACGGGAAGCCGAUUCGUGUCAACAAAGCGUCUGCCCAUCAGAAAAAUCUCGAUGUUGGUGCGAAUAUUUUCAUUGGAAACUUGGAUCCGGAAGUUGAUGAGAAACUGCUGUACGAUACAUUCUCGGCAUUCGGCGUGAUUUUACAAACACCCAAAAUUAUGCGAGAUCCCGAAACGGGCAACAGCAAAGGAUUCGCUUUCAUCAAUUUUGCCAGUUUUGAAGCUUCCGAUGCGGCAAUGGAUGCGAUGAACGGGCAAUAUUUGUGUAAUAGACCGAUUUCCGUGUCGUACGCUUUCAAGAAAGAUUCCAAGGGAGAACGUCACGGAUCAGCAGCGGAAAGAUUGUUGGCAGCACAGAAUCCGUUGUCGCAAGCUGAUAGACCGCAUCAAUUGUUCGCAGAUGCUCCUGUGCCGACAAUGAUGCCUGCUCCUCCUCCGCAAGUACCCAUGAUGGGUGCAAUGCCUCCGAUGCCGCCUCCUGGUCCAUUUGCUGCUGUUCCUCCUCCAAUGCCGAGAAUGCCGCCUCCAUUGAGAAUGCCUCCUGCAUGGCCUCCACAGGGCGCUCCUCCUGGUUUACCUCCGAUGCCGCCUCCGCCAAAUUGGGGACCUCCAUUACCUCCGCAGAACUUUGCACCUAACUUCUAAGUCCAAUCAAAUACAAAUUUUGACAAAUUUUUAAGGAAUAAAUGAAAGUAACGC